GGCCCGCGUCUGCAGUGGGCGGGGCCUCCGCGGAGGGUCCUCCGCGCCCGGUCGCCGCGGCGCCUCCAGAGCGUCUCUGACGGCCGCGGCGUCCGCACGGCGUCCCCCACAGCCGCGGCGCCGGCACCGGAUCCGUCCCCUCGGGACUCGGCGCGGCCCGCCCCGCCCCGCGGCCGGCGCGACUCUCGCUCGCCCCGGCGCCCCCCCUCCCCGCCCCGGAGGCCGCGGCCGGAAGGAAGCGCCCGGCCCGCCGCGCUGGAGCCCGCGGCCGCCUCAGCCCGGCCGCGCCGGGAGCCCUGCCCCGAGCUGGAGCCGCCGCCGGAGCCGCGGGCCCGGGGCCCCGAGCCGCGCGGCCGCCGCGUGGCGAACUCGCUGCUGUUCGGGGAGAUGGCGCUGGCGGGCGGCGGGGGCGGCGGGGCCGGCGGGGGCGCGGGGCCGUCGCCCGUGACGGCGGCGCUGCGGGACGACCUGGGCUCCAACAUCCACCUGCUCAAGGGACUCAACGUGCGCUUCCGCUGCUUCCUGGCCAAGGUGCACGAGCUGGAGCGCCGCAACCGGCUGCUGGAGAAGCAGCUGGAGCAGCAGCACAGCGAGCGCGCGCGGCGCCUGCGCUACAAGACCUUCUCCCGCGAGCAGGCGGUGCAGACCGGGCCGCCCGCGCCCCCCGCGCCCGCCGCCGUCGCCCACGCCCACGCCCACGCCGCGAUCGCCGGCGACGCGCACCCGCACCCGCUGCCGCUCCCGCAGACGCAGCCGCAGCCGCAGCCGCACCCGCACUGCGGCCGCCUGCCCGGCACCAUCUGGAGCUACACGCAGGUGCGGCGCACGGGCGGCGGCGGCGUGGAGACGGUGCAGGGCCCCGGCGUGUCGUGGGUGCACCCGGACGGCGUGGGCGUGCAGAUCGACACCAUCACGCCCGAGGUGCGCGCGCUCUACAACGUGCUGGCCAAGGUGAAGCGCGAGCGCGACGAGUACCGGCGCAGAUGGGAGGAGGAGCUCUCCAAGCGCAUGAACCUGCAGACCAUGGUGGACACGCUGCAGGAGGCGGCACAGGAGGCCGAAGCCAUCCAGGAAGAGAUGAACAAGAAGAUUGAGCGGCUUAAGGCUGAGCUGGUGGUGUUCAAGGGGCUGAUGAGUGACCCCAUGACAGACCUGGACACACAGAUCCAGGAAAAGGCCAUGAAGGUGGACAUGGACAUCUGCCGCCGAAUCGACAUCACGGCCAAGCUGUGCGACGUCGCGCAGCAGCGGAACUCGGAAGACGUGUCCAAGAUCUUCCAGGUGGUCUCCAAAAAGAAGGAACGGAAGGUAGCUUCAGACGACGACAUCUCUGAGCAGGAUGGGGAGGUGACUCGGUUCUCAGAGGAUGAGGUCGGCUCCAUGAACAUCACGGACGAGAUGAAGCGCAUGUUUAACCAGCUCCGGGAGACCUUUGACUUUGACGACGACUGUGACAGCUUGACCUGGGAGGAGAACGAAGACACACUGCUGCUCUGGGAGGACUUCGCCAACUGCAACCCCAGCCUGGACCUGCAGGGCGAGCAAGAGGAGAACUUGGGCAACCUGAUCCACGAGACGGAGUCCUUCUUCAAGACCAGAGACAAGGAGUACCAGGAGACCAUCGGCCAGAUUGAGCUGGAGCUGGCCACGGCCAAGAGCGACAUGAACCGGCAUCUGCACGAGUACAUGGAGAUGUGCAGCAUGAAACGCGGCCUGGACGUCCAGAUGGAGACCUGCCGCCGCCUCAUCAGGGGCUCCGCAGACAGGAAUUCGCCUUCCCCCAGUUCUGUGGCCAGCAGCGACUCGGGAAGUACAGACGAGACCCAAGAUGACUUAGAGCGAGAAGCGGACGUGGAGCCCAUGGUCAGCUGAUGCCCGAGGCAGCUUCCCGAGUGCGGGUGGUCUCGGCGAUGGGGCCUCUGCCACCCUGUCCCCAUGGGCUCAGGAAGGCUCCUUGAGGGGGACUCCAGCGCUCCCCACAGACUCCCUACGCCCUCCUUUCUCUGGAGACUCCGGGGCUGCCGCUCCUCCCCACCCCACCACCAAGCAGUGCUCCCCAUCCACCCCAAGGAAUGGUGCUGUCAAUUUCUACUCUCCACAUUACAAACACAGUGUUGACUGUGCCUUUUCCCUCAAGCUGAGCCACUUUGAGCUCCAAAGAAUUAUUCCAAGCAGGUGUUUUUAUACAGGGACAGAUAGAUGGACAGAUAGAGAACUCUGAGGCGAGGGCAGGGCCCUGGGUGUGAUGAAAUGUGGCUUUUCUCCCCUCCGCCUCCUCCUCUGUUUGGCCCUGAGCUACACCCGUCCUCCCCUGCCCUGCUGAGGAGUUUGUGUGGGGAGGGUGGUCCCCUUGGCCCCAGAAGGAGCAAACUCUCCUGACUUGGGGUGGGGGGACCUCCCAGGUGUUCCAGCUGCUGAAAGAGAGAAAGAGAUGGAAGAGGGAGGGAAGGCACAUGCUCACUUUCUUUUUGGAUUGAGUUGCAAAGCAGCGGGACCAGGCCCUGGGGUGCCUGGAGGGGAAGGAAGCUGGAGCUUCACUGUGUUUAAACUACUAUGCAAAAAAAAAAAAAAAAAAAAAAAGACAAGCAGCUUGCCUUACCUCUGUGGAAGGCAGGCCCUCUCUGACUCCUGGUUCUCCCCCAGAGCGGGGAGGGAGGCCCAAGCUGGGGACCCCUGUCGCAGCUGUCGGACGUUGGGAGCCAGAUCUGGGUCCUGCAAAACCCUUAGCCCACCUGGCUUGCUUUCUGGGGCCUCUGAGGGUGGGUGAGGGACUCUUGUAUUGCCAAGAUGACUUGAUGUUUGUUUUCCUUACUCUUCCUGCCAACAGUAAGGGGCUAUGGUUGCUCUUAAUUUCUCUGUGAGAAAGUCUGAAGGGAGUCGGGCCUAGAGCCCACCCCCUGCCACAGUGGGGCUGGGUUAGUGUCAGCUGCUGACCCCUUGGCCCCCCUGGCCCCCCGGUUGUCCACGGUUUGGCCUCGGUGUGGUGGACACGGGAGAGGGAGGGGCGGACGCAGCCAGGUUGUGGCCGGAGCAGAUGCUCUGGUAAGGACAGUCCUUUGGCACGCGCCCAUCGUGGCUUUACGACCAGUGACCCCAGUCUGAGGGGACCUGAGCCCAGGGGACCUGCCCGCUUCCAGUCUGGACUUGGCCUACCAGGCCUUGCCCUUUUCUUACUUUCUUUGCCUUUUUUUUGUACCCACAACUGUGUGUGUGUGUGUGUGUGUGAGAGAGAGAGAGAGAGAGGGAGAGGGAGAGGGAGAGGGAGAGAGAGAGAUAGGGGAUGCUGGUUUGGGUUUCUGUUGGCUCAGGAGCUCCCCCUGGAGGUCAAGGGAGUAGAAGGUGCAGGGCAGGGGUGGGGGUUGGCAGAAUGGCCGGCGGGGGUCGCAGUUCUGUGUCUGCAGACAGCAGGUGCCCUGCCGCCCUCACUGCUCAGAGAGCUGUCCAGGCCGGCUCUCUCUUCUGUUCCCCCACCUUGUCUGCAGUCUUAAGCCGCUGUGCAUCGCACUCAUGUAUCAGAGAGCUUGCGUGUGAGAGUGGCUGCCUGUCGUCUUUUUAUCAGAACCAGGUGGCCUGUACUGUGAAGCUUUUCCCCUCAGUGGUUUGUUUUUUCCCCUUUAUUGGAGGACUAAUGUUUUCUAGCGGCAGUGAGUACAGUCGUUCGUACAUGCGUAACAGUUCUCAGCUCUCCACACAACAAUACACCCCACUAGGUCCUCUGUCGCGCUGGUUUUUUAAUUGAGGGGCUUCCUCGGGGACGCCCUGGGUCCUGCUGGGAGGACUGUGGUUUUGGGGAGGUGCCUUUCCCCCCCACUGACCCUUGUCCUUAAGGCUACAGGGUUCUGACAUAUCUGGUGAUUAUUGUUUUUUAUUGUUUUGUUUUGUUAUUUUAACCAAAGGUUACCAGAGCCAAUUGGGCUUUGACCUCAGCUGCUGAAAAGACUUUCCGUUUCUGGGAGGGCAGGAAAAUGGCCACCCCUCCUCAGGUCUUCUCCGUCCAGGGCCCAGAGGCCCCGUAGCUGGGAGGGCGGAAUGACAGCCCUGUUGGUUCCUCUAGGUGGUGGGGAGGGUGGCAGCCUGUCUGUGGAGUUAAGACAGUAAGGUGAUAUACUUGGUUGGAGGGUUGCCGUGAGGACCGACAUGCCAUGGUAUUAUUUUUGCUUUUCCCUUGAUAUACAGAGGAGGCUUGUUUGGGGACUAGGAGAUGUGGGAAUGGCUGGAGGUGGAAUUACUGCUGCUUCAGACUCCCCUGCUGUCCCCUGGGGAGCCAGGCUUGGGGGUGGGUGGGCAGGGAGCAGGGCAGCCAGCGUGUGACCUGCCCACCUUCCAGGCCUCGACUGCCUCCCUUCUUGCCCACCAGUUCUUGUAGGUGGUUGCCUGGGGCCAUCUGUCCCUCCCCUGAGCCUGCAGCUUGCCAAGAAAGAAAGUUGGGACCCACUGGUCUGCCCUGUGUACAGCUGUAAAUAUUUCAUCUUGGGCUUUCUAGCUCUUUGGUCCAGUGUCAUAUUGACACUAGUGUUGUCGACUCGUUCUCACUGAACGCUCUGGUACUGCCCUCUCUCACUCCAAUUUGGGGGCUUUGUAGAGAGAGGUUUGGGGAAGGCCAGGGAAGAUAGCUUCCUCUUGACUCCCUGGUUGUGGGACACACACACAUACACACACACAACACACACACUCUGUUUCACACACACACUCCCUUACACACACACACACACACACUCACACACACACACACACUCACACACACUCACACACACACACACACACACACACUCACACACACACACACACUCACACACACUCACACUCUCACACACACACAUACUCUCACACUCACACUCUGGGAUCGAACAGGUAAACAUCUUUUGGCAAGCACACACUUGCCGUUUUCUUGUGGCAAUAUGUCUUCCGGUCUCCGUGUGUGGAGAUCGGAUGGACUGUGGUGAAUCAGACCACUUUGGCUGGGGGGGGGGGGAGAGGGCAGAGGGCAGGGGGGUAAUAUAAGGUGUAACUUAAGCUACAUGUAAUCUAUUUAUAAAGUAAGAGACUCAUCUAUUUUUAUGAAAGGAAAGGUUUUGUUUUUCUCCCGUCUCUGGUCGGCAGCUGAGGCAGCGUGUCUUCUGUGGACCAGAUGCGUGUCACCGCUGGGUGUAAUGCCCUCGGCGCCCCACCCUGCCUGUCCCCAGCCACGACUCGCCCGCACCCACCCACGAGUGAUUUCAGCAGUCCAAGGCUACUCUUCACCCCCUGCCCUCCAGCUCCUUGAGCCUUGAGAGCCCCAGGAAGGGCCCUGUGGGAGUGGCUGGGCAGUGGGGAGUUUGCAGUUGACGUGGGUGGGGGGGGGGGCGCUCAGCCUCAGGGGGAGCCCUGCCCUGGGGCUUGAACUCUGCAGGCAGAUGAGAAGCGGCCUGGGGGUAGCCGUGAGGUGGAGGGGUCUGGUCAAGAGCGCAUGGCUUCAAGGUGCCAGGGUCCCAGGAUACCAGAUGGUCGAGAUAGGAGUGGACGUGCCAUGAGGUGGACCCCCCCCCCACACACACACACACACACACACACACGUCCGACCCGCUGCGCUGCCGGCUGAGACCUGGACUGUGGCCCUUCCCUGCUCCUCUCCUGCAGGGCCGCAGUGAGGAGUGAGCGAGCGAGGGAGCCAGAGGCCUUCCAGCCCGGGUUCUCGGGGUCUGAAGGAGCCCGUGGCGAGUCUUGAGGUGGUGGGGUGGGCGUAGGCCAAGGCGGAGAAGAUGCCCGGGCUCAGGUGGGCUGUGCGCUGAUCUCGGGCAAAUCCCUCACCUCACCCACCGUUCCCUCUGCUCGGCCCUCAGAGAAAUGAGGCAGGGGCACCUCCUUUGUGAACGUGGCAUCCAGGGAGCUUUCUGUCCUGUUGCCCGUCUGCCGGCUGGGUCUGCAUGGAGGGCAAGGGGCGGGUUUCUACCCACGGAAAGACUACUGAUCCUGCCAGAAACCAAUGUGUUUACUGUGCUGUUGGGAAUACCAUGCCCUUUAUAUCCUGUAUAUUGGCUUCUUUUAAAUAAAGUGAAAUGUCUUAGAA